AUGGCUGACGAUCGUGAAGUAGUUCAUAAUGCCGUCGGCAAAGAUGUGAGCAGUCUUCGCUGCUGCGUGGCGUGCCACAGCGUAGCAGACUCUCUCAAGAUGAAGGUAAUGAAUUGCUUGCACGCCAUGUGCGUCCCGUGUCUCGGACAACAUUUGACCAAAGACGGAACGGUGUCGUGCUUCAAAUGCCUGACUGUGGCAGCAUCAGGUAUGCCAGGAGUAAGACUGGAGGAAUCCCUAGCCGACUGGCCAGUUCAAAAGGUAGAGACGAGAGGCAAGGAAGGUAGCGAGCUGCAAUCAGAUCAUUCAGAGAAACAGCACGUAUGCCAAAGCCUAGAAUGCGAGGGAGAAUCUUCCCCAGCUACCUCGCUAUGUGUCGACUGUGGAUUAUACAUGUGCGAGGGACAUGAGAAACUACAUUUGAUGAAGAAAAGCUGCCGUGAUCACCAACUCCAGUCAAUGCACACAAUGAGAACGGCAGCCGACCAGGACGACACAGUCGUUGAUUCAGAAUUUCUCCAUUGUAGCCUGCACCCACGUUUUCCUGUGAAAUCCUACUGCAAGCAAUGUGAACAGUUGAUAUGUCAGAGGUGCUGGGAGCAGUUUCAUGCUAGCUGUUCACUGAGUGUUGAAGAUAUUUCCACAGCAGCUGAGAGAAAACGAUCUCAGUGGAAGACUCUCUUAAGUGAUUGUAGCGACUCGUGGAGGGAGCACCUCAGUGGCAUGAAUGUCAACAUUGCAGCACACACUGCAGACAUCAAUGAGAAGGUGGAGGCAUUGUCAGAGGAGAUUGUAGCUGAUUUCAAAACGCACAUGAAAAACCUGCAGCGCAGACAAGAAGAUCUUCUGAAUGAGCUGGACGCUCGGCGCUGGAAAGCAUUGAAAGACCUGGAGAAGCAAUCCGGCAUUGUGGAAAAGAAAACAUUUCAACUGGAUUGCUGUGAGCAUUUCGUGCACAACCUUGGCGACAGUUAUCUCUUGACUGCAGAGAAGAUCCUGCAGACACAGAUCAAGGAUAUUGUCAAUAGCAACGAGGAAGCUGAUACCAGUGAUGAUCAUCUAGUGGAUGUUGAUUUCACUGUAUCCUACCGUGCAUUUGCAACGGAUGAUGAUGAGGAGAAGAUGCGUACAUCACAGCUGGGACGUCUUGUCGACUCUGCGUCCUGCACAGAGCCAGUGAAGAAGAACGCUGUACACGUGCAGCCAGUGUUCGAUCGAUUUAGCUGCGAACCUGCACAGUUCUCUCUAUCCAGUGAUGGCCAUGAAGCAUCGCAUAGUGGUGAAGAGAAUUGGCUUACAAUCUCCACACUAGGUAGUUAUUGCCAUGGCGUGGUGGAGUGCUCAGUCCAGGUUAGUCACGAAGACGAUGAGUUCUUUCUUGGUGUGGUGGAAGAAAGUUGUGAACCGCUUGAGGAAUGUACACCAGAGAGGCCAUUCUUGGGUUGGUGUAACUACAUCGACAAUGAAGAUUACAGUGUAGGCAACAACGCAAAGCUUGGUCAGCCAUGGCAAGAUGGUGACAUCAUAGCACUGCGGUUGGAUUGUGAUCAGCACACACUGACAGGAACACACCAGAGAUCUGGCCAGAGUGAGACCAUCGCUGUACCCAGAGAGAAACUGUGCUUUGGUGCGGAGGUGUGCAGCAUGGCACGGAUCAGCUUUGUGCGUUGA